AUGAAGGAUAUCUUCGUUGGAGCGUCUCUUGUUUUGGUGUGUAUUGGGCCGCAUGAAAACGGGAGCGAGAAGGUCGUUGCGAUUGCCACGGAAAUGGAGAACGCUGUCAUGGCCGCGGCACUGGAGGAGGGUAAAGAUGUUUAUCAGCUGAACCAUGUCGUACUGGGGCCAUGGUACCAUAAGCACUGGACGCGGUGUAUUGAGGCGCUCCAGAAAGAGGAGACCAUCAGAUUGCGAAAUGCGUUGAUGAGCUUUAUGGACCGGCCGUACUGGACUCGACUUUGGAUUCUUCAGGAAGUCGCAGCAGCCGACCGCAAACUGCAAGUGCUCUGUGGCUCCUCUACCAUGUCAUGGCUAGGAGUGUACCUGCUACUGGAGUUGAGGGAAAUGGGAAACUUUCCAUCAGCACCGUCCAUCCUUGGGGACCAAGUCCAGCAAUGGCUCCGGUACUGGAAGAAAUGGAUAGCCGAUCUCUGGUCUGAUAGGAGGCUUGCUACCCUCGACAUUGAGGGAGCUUUGGACUUGGCUAGCGACCGGCUGUGCAAUGAUCCGCGUGAUAGAGUCUAUGGCCUGCUCGGUUUCAUAGACUGGUCUGUGAGCGAUGCGCCCUUGUUGCCCGACUACGACAAAACGGUUGUGCAGCUUGCCAUCGACGUUCUAGAGCGCAUUGGAGAUCUGAGGGCUACGAGAAAAACCCUGGUCCCCUUGGAGGUUUUCGCCGGAAACGAAGCAAUGCGGCAACUGCGACAACGCAGUCAACAAGGCGCCAGGACUUGCACCAACCGCAAGCUCAUGAAAUGGGCGUACUUCACCGGCAUCCAACUGCGUACGAGCAAAGGGGAGGACGAACUUCCAGGUAAAGGUAUUUCGCUAGGAACGCCUGGUGAUAGGUUGGAUGAAAGCCAAAUUCCGGGCUCGAUAAAGGGCAUGCUGGAAGACCACUACCAGUCCCAUCCUGAAAGCGACCUCAAGCCUUUGGCUGUAGGAAGUCAGGUCGUCGGUUUCGCCGGCCACGAAACCCAGGUCGACGAUGUCCUCGCAUAUCCAGAGAUAUUUCGCCACAACGAACAAAUCUUCCUUGUUCUUCGACAUAGGCCUGAGAACAACUUUGAUGUAGUAGGUCAAGGCUUCCUCGUGGGCAGGCACACCUGGAAGUCUUUGGCGGCAGUUACGCACUGGAAAGACAAAGAAGAUUUUAUGACAUUUUCCGUGGACAUGACGGCAGAGGAUGCCGUGCUAUUUAUUGGCCAGGACCUGAUCAUCGACGAGGAUGGCACGGAGCGCUAUGAUCUAGAGGCGAGGUUUGAACGGCUGGCUGUCAACCCGAUCGGCCAGCCUGGCGGUGCGGGAUUUUUUCAAGCCCUUACAGACGCAUAG